AUGCGAGCUUCUUGCCUUGUCUUUAUUUUUGGACUGGUUCUUUGUACUUUCGCUCAAGAGAAGAAGAUCGACAAACUUCAAAUUGGCAUUAAGAAAAGAGCAGAGUCAUGCGAGAUCAAGUCGAGGAAGGGAGAUGUAUUGCAUAUGCACUAUACCGGCACGCUUCUCGAUGGAACUGAGUUCGAUUCAAGCCGAACUCGUAACCAGGAAUUCACGUUUACACUGGGAAUGGGACAGGUUUGUUGA